GCUUUAAGCCAAAGCCACACGACCAAAGGCAAGAUAUUUGGGGAGCGAGGAAGGAAGCUUGAGCAAGGGGAGAAGGCAUCAAGCCCUUUGAUUUUGAAACAUGGCUGCCAGUAUGGCUUCGGCUGCCUCCAGCUUCGUGUUGACGGCCUCCCUCACCGGUGCCGGCACCGCUGCCCAGUCGCGACACACCUCAGUCAGCUUCUUAUAUAAUAAGCCUGGUAGCUCCAGUGCUAGAAGGCUUUCUGUCCGAGCUGAAGAGGCCUCAUCGUCUUCACCGCCGGCUCCGGCUGUGGAGAAGGAAGCCGCCGUGGCAGCUCCUGCUAAGCCGCCUCCACCCCCGCCCAUUGGCCCUAAGAGGGGAACAAAGGUGAAAAUCCUCCGGAGGGAAUCCUAUUGGUACAAUGGAACUGGAUCUGUUGUAACUGUCGAUCAAGAUCCAAAGAGUCGCUACCCAAUAGUGGUUCGAUUUAACAAAGUGAACUAUGCUGGUGUCUCCACAAACAACUACGCCUUGGAUGAGAUAGAGGAAGUAAAAUGAAGGUUAUAUCUGAGCUGUUGCUUUAGGAUUUCAUGAAAGUAUCAAAUUUGUAUAAUAUCUGUAAGUUAGCCAGCUCUUGUAUUUACCAGAACUUCUUGUUGUGUUAUUUUGGAGUGAAAUUCAGUAUUAAUUAGUGUCUCUAAUUGUGGUAUCUGAGUUUUGUAUCAUUUUGAACAAUUAUACAACGCCAACUUUCUGAUAUCUUAUGAAUGGUGCAAAUUCCGAUUAAAA